AUGGCGGCUUCUACCAUUAAUAUUGUGGGACCACCUGAGGGACCACCUGAGAGGCUGGGACCUGUCAAAGAAAAUCCAGGAUUUGAAAAAUUUGAAGAAGUAUCAUUAGACAAUGAAAGUGAUGGAAAAAAUCAUAAAAAAAAUGAAAAAACUUAUAAUCUUGAUGACAAAGCUGUAAAUCUUGUCUGGAAAUCAUACGUUUGCUUGCAGGCAUUUUGUUCUGCAAAUCUUAAACGAAAUAGAGGGGAGACAACCAGAUCACAAGCCAAGAAAAAAAUAAUAGAAGAAUAUCCCAACAUAGAUCUUGGAGAUUUGGAUUUAAUGCUUCAGAUCUCGCCAAGGAUAUAUAGGUUAUUACAAGUAUUCAACGGCAAUUGGGUUCUCUUAGAUGUAUUUGAAGAAAUUACAUCCAUAUUCUUCAAAAGUAAAAUGAAAGUUGGCGCCAAUUUUGAAAUUUGGCUUAAUUUGGUAAGAACGGGACAAAUGGCUGAUUAUAAGAAAGGUCUAACUAUGUGCGGAGAAGGAAAAAAGUUUAUGAAAGAAGCUAAGCUUGAUAUUGUUAAAGCAUAUUUUAAUGGAGUCGAUGAAAAUUUAAAGGAUUUUAUUGCUGAUGAUGACGAAAUGUAG